AAAAAAAAAAUUUAAACUCAAAAGUAUUUCUAAAAAAAAGGGUGAGACUCUUGGGACUUAGUUGAGGGGAGGUGGUGUUAAAAAGGAGGGAAAGUAUUGUUGAAUACUUCGAACAAACCCCCUGAAUAAGCCCUAACUCCAUCUCCUUCCCCGCCCAACCUUCAAAGCUCCACUUUACUGAACUACAAUGGCGAGGGUGCUUCGAAAUCUUUCGUCGCUCAAGCGUUCUCUGUUUCCCCAGACGCAGGGAAUUCAGAAUGAUGUAGUCGGUGCAUAUACCCAGCUUUCAUACUUUUCUUCUAAAGUUAAAAAGAAAUCAAAGUUAGAUGAAAGUGACUCAAGUGAUGAAAAUUUGUCGAAGAAAGACGUGGCUCUUAAAGCAGCUUUGGAUCAGAUCACAAAAUCAUUUGGCAAGGGAUCCAUCAUGUGGAUGGGUCGGUCUAACUCCUUCAAACAAGUCCCAGUGCUCUCGACGGGAUCCUUUUCUUUAGAUAUUGCAUUGGGGGUUGGCGGAAUUCCAAAGGGACGUGUGAUAGAAAUAUAUGGUCCAGAGGCUACAGGGAAAACAACACUUGCUUUACAUAUAAUUGCCGAGGCACAAAAACAAGGAGGUUACUGCUGUUUUGUGGAUGCCGAGCAUGCUCUAGAUCCAGCCUUAGCGACACGUAUUGGGGUGAAUAUUGAAGAUUUACUUAUUUCUCAACCAGAUUGUGGUGAGCAAGCCCUUAGUCUUGUGGAUACUCUGGUCAGGAGUGGCUCAAUUGAUGUUAUUGUUGUUGACAGCGUAGCUGCCCUUGUCCCAAAAGGUGAACUUGAAGGUGAAAUGGGAGAUGCACACAUGGCAAUGCAGGCUAGAUUAAUGAGUCAAGCACUUCGCAAGUUGAGCCAUUCUUUAUCUCUAUCACAGACUACUUUGAUCUUUAUAAAUCAGGUGAGGGCAAAACUAUCUACUUUUGCAGGAUUUGGAGGACCCCAAGAGGUCACUUGUGGGGGAAAUGCAUUAAAGUUUUAUGCUUCCGUGCGUCUAAAUGUCAGGAGAGUUGGGCAGGUCAAGAAGGGGGAAGAGAUUAUAGGAAACCAAGUUGUAGUGAAAAUCGUAAAGAACAAGCUUGCCCCUCCUUUUAAAACAGCCGAGUUUCAGCUUGAGUUUGGGAAGGGAAUAUGUCGUGAAUCUGAGCUCAUUGAGUUGGGACUGAAACACAAGUUCAUCACGAAGACGGGAGGGGCAUUUUACGCCAUGAAUGACCAAAACUUCCGCGGCAAAGAUGCCAUAAAAAGAUUCCUAGCUGAUAACGCCGCUGUAAAGGAAGACCUCACAGCGAAACUCUCGGAGAAGCUUUUUCAUGUUCAAGAAAAGGAAGGUGUUUCCGAAGACGACGUGGAAGUGGACCCCACUGCAUCCGACAUUAGUGAUGAAGAAGUUGCAUCUGCUGCAUCAGAGCCAUUGUGAUGAUUAUCAUAGUCCAGUAAUGUGAAGUAUCCUGUUUAUGGCCUUCUAAUUUAGAGAUUUAAUAUGUAACACCAUUGUUUGUUUUCUUUUGUGGUCAGGAGUUGGUCCAAGUUUUGGGUCUCAAUGAUCAAUCAAUGCCAGUCUCCAUUUGUAUGCCCAUAAUACCCCUCUUGGGUAUGUACCAGAGGCAACAUUUCACAGAUCUCUCUCACAAUAUUUUCAGUAUUUGAACGAAUCAUUCGUUCAUUGUGAGUUCGGAAAAUUAAUGAGUAUUUAGUAAGUUAAAGGGAGCAUUGUUUUUUUAUUACUACGUAAUAUUAAUUGAAAAUAGCAUUGUUAUGAAAUGUAAAAUUCUGUACUUCAUUUUAUUAAAUUAAAGUUUAAUUG